UCAACCUACAUCUACACAAAUGCCCAGAGAAGGCUUCAAUGUGCCAAGUACCUGGCUGCAAAAAAAUUGUGAAAAAGAAGGACAUGAAUGUCCAUUUGAAGGAAGCAAGUACCUCGCAUUUUGCGCUCCAAUCAGGAGAAACCAAACGACUGCGAGGAAUAAUAUACUACAAGAAAUGCAACAUAGAACCCAUAGAGCCCAAAGUGGAAAGGGUUGUCUCCUUUUGCUGGAGAAUUCCAAAUUUUGUGGAGAGCAGGAGACAACAAGCUUCAGAUGCCAUUGGAGACAAGCCCCUUACAAGUGGGCCAUUUAUAGAUGACAACUGCAGAUGGAGAGGACUGUACUCCGGACAACAAAAAUUGUUCCUGCAGCUGCUCUCAGCAUCCCAUCCAGUUACUGGGGAAAUUCAGUAAGAACUUUAAUUAUUUCAUGCAGAGUGUUUGUGAGUGCAC